AUGCGGUACCUAGGCAUAGUCCUCGACAGCCGGUGGACGUUCAAGAAGCACUUUGAAGGCCUUGUUCCCAAACUAAUAGGAGCGGUGUCGGCACUUAGCCGGCUUCCACCCAACGUCGGUGGGCCGAAUGUGAGCUGCAGGAAGUUGUACGCGGGUGUAGUGCGGUCGAUGGCCCUAUACGGGGCGCCGAUUUGGGCCUUCUUCCUGACCGCCGAAAAUCAGGCCCUAUUGCGAAGGCCACAGCGGGUCAUGGCGGUCAGGAUGGCGAGGGCAUACCGCUCCGUCUCCCACGAGGCAGCGUGCGUGUUGGCGGGGACUCCGCCUUGGGACCUCGACGCAGCAGCGUUAGCUGACGUUUAUUGGCGUGUCACUGAGGCACGAGCCAGUGGGAUCCAACCACCCCUGGAGGAGGAGGGCGAGACGGGAACCGACGAUGCAGUCCACGACUGCGGCGACGCCGAAGACACGGCGCUACACACGUUGGCGGUGUGCCCAGCGUGGGCGGAGCAGUGGGCCGCACCCGUGGCCAUAGUGGGGAGCGACCUUUCCUUGCCAGCGGUGGUGAAAGCCAUGCUUGGUGGGGAGAGGCCAUGGGUGGCUGCGGCCUCCUUCUGCGAGGACGUGAUGGCGCAGAAGGAGGCGGCGGAGCGCAGCAGGGAGGAAGAUCCGGCCUCCCAGCCAAUGUGCCGCAAACGUGUCGGGCGAAGGCGGUUGGCAUACGACCGCCGAUUACCCCCAUAA